AUGAAGGUCCUCAUCCUCGCCUGCCUGGUGGCUCUUGCUCUUGCAAGAGAGAAGGAGGAACUUGUGUCUGGUGAGACUGUGGAAAGUCUUUCAAGCAGUGAGGAAUCUUUUACACACAUCAACAAGCAGAAACAUGAGAAUUUUAAACAUGAGGAACAGCAGCAAAGACAGGAUGAACGCCAGAAUAAGAUCCACCCUGUUUUCCAGCCACAGCCUCUGGUCUAUCCUUUUGCUGAGCCCAUUCCUUACCCUGUCCUUCCACAGAAUGUCCUUCCCCUCGCUCAGCCUGCUAUGGUGCUGCCUCUCCUUCAGCCCGAAAUAAUGGAAAUCCCCAAAGUUAAGGAGACCGUCUUUCCCAGACGCAAAGUGAUGCCCUUUCUGAAAUCUCCAGUAGUUCCUCUUGUGGACACCCAAAUCCUGAAUCUCCCUGAUCUCGAAAAUCUGCACCUUCCUCUGCCUCUGCCUCUGCCUCUGCUCCAGCCCCUGAUGCACCAGAUCCCCCAGGCUCUUCCUCAGACUCCCAUGAUUCUUCCUCAGCCACUGGUGUCCAUCCCACAGUCCAUCCCACAGCCCAAAGUCAUGCCUGUUCCCCAGCAAAUGGUGCCCUACGUCCAGAGAGACAUGCCCGUGCAAACCCUACCGCUCUACCAGGAUGCCGCCCAUGAGGCUCAACCCUUGACGGCCCCAGUUUACAACCCCAUUAUUAAUUGA